AUGACUCAAGAAAUCCACCCAAGACCCCCAGCACCCAAUACCUCAGCAUCUAGUACCCCAGCACCCAAGACCCCACCACCCAAUACCUCAGCAUCUAGUACCCCAGCACACAACAUCCCAGCACUCAAUACCCCAGCAUCUAGUACCCCAGCACCCAACACCCCAGCACCCAAUACCUCACCAUCUAGUACCCCAGCACACAACAUCCCAGCACCCAAUACCCCAGCAUCUAGUACCCUAGCACCCAAGACCCCAGCACCCAAUACCUCAGCAUCUAGUACCCCAGCACCCAAGACCCCACCACCCAAUACCUCAGCAUCUAGUACCUCAGCACACAACAUCCCAGCACUCAAUACCCCAGCAUCUAGUACCCCAGCACCCAACACCCCCUCACCCAAUACCUCACCAUCUAGUACCCCAGCACACAACAUCCCAGCACCCAAUACCCCAGCAUAUAGUACCCUAGCGCCCAAGACCCCAGCACCCAAUACUUCAGCAUCUAGUACAUCAGCACACAACAUCCCAGCACCAAUAUCCCAGCAUCUAGUACCCCAGCUCCCAAUACCCCAGCAUGUAGUACCGCAGCAUCCUGUACCUCAGUAA